AUGCUGGAGAACCCACAACUACAUGAAACAUUGGUUUUUAAGUUACAACAGUUGCUACACCGGUAUAAUCCUUUUCUCCAUGUGUUUCGCCAGCUUGCACAAUGGUCAGAUGACAUGAGUGUAGUUUGGUCAUUAGAGAGCGACCUGCUAAUCAGCCACAAUAUAGUCUUCCAACUGCGUCGCAGAUGGGAUAUCAAUACCCGAAGUCAAAGUGGCGACAAAGUAUCAUGCCGAACAUAUAAUAGCUAUAUGCUCCAGAUCCGCCCCGAUGAUCAUUCCACCGUAUUGCAAGCAGGGCGACUACUACAACAAUAUGUUGUUGAUAACUAUGUGAAAAUUGAAACCGGAAAGUUAAGAUGGGUUCGAACUAGACAGAAGAAAUUACGGGCUGAAUUAUACCAAGGCUUACAAGAUGCUUUGCACACAGGAGAAACCAAUGCAGAAAAUGUUGGAAGAAAAAGAACAAUAUUACCAUCGUCGUUCAUUGGUAGCCGUCACGACAUGACCCAACGAUAUGAAGAUGGAAUGGCGAUUAUUCUUAAAGAGGGCAAGCCAGAUAUUUUUCUCACAAUGACAUGCAAUCCAUCUUGGACUGAAAUAACUUCAGAACUCAACCCAGUUCAAACUCCACAAGAUCGUCCAGAUCUAACAACAAGAAUUUUUCAAGCCAAAAUUGAACAGCUGAAAGAGGAUGUAAUUACUAAGGGUGUCUUGGGAAAGGUAAAAAGAUAUAUUUAUGUCACUGAGUUUCAAAAAAGAGGGUUGCCACAUGUACAUAUGUUGCUAAUCUUAGAAAAUAAUGACAAGUUAAUUGACCCGGAGCAUUAUAAUAGUUUGGUACGUGCAGAGAUACCAUCUAAAGUAGUAGAACCACACCUACAUUAUGCAGUGCUAAAACAUAUGAUUCAUGAUCCUUGCGGAACACUUGAUCAAUCUUUGCCCUGUAUGAAAAAUGGCCAAUGUAAACGCAACUACUCAAAAAAGUUCGCAGCAGAAACACGAAGAGGUGACGACUCAUAUCCGCAAUAUAGGCGACGAUUCGACACUCCAGUACCGAAUAACCAAAAUUUCACAGUUGACAAUAGAUGGGUAAUUCCGUACAACCCUUGGCUACUACUAAAGUAUGAUUGCCAUAUUAAUGUUGAGAUAUGUAGUAGCAUAAAGAGUAUAAAGUAUCUCUACAAAUAUUGCUACAAGGUCCAGACCGGGUUGCAAUGGAAGUUCACAAUGGUUCUAAUGUUGACGAGAUCCAACAGUUUGUUGAUGCAAAAUGGAUCGCUGCUCCAGAGGCAUGUUGGAGAAUAUUUAAAUUUAACCUUUUACCGAAUGUAUCCAUCAGUGGAAAGGUUACAAAUUCAUUUGCCAAAUCAACAUCAAGUGAGCUUCUAUGAUCACCAAAUCAUUCCUGAAAUACUUAAUGAUGAUUAUUUCUCUAGAACAAUACUCACUGAGUUCUUUGCCCUAAAUCGUGAGGAGGACCAACAAUCUAGGCAUCUUCUGUACAGGAAAAUUCCAGAGUAUUACACUUGGCACAACAAGAAAAAGGAAUGGCGUCGGCGCAAGACACAGAGAAGAUCCAUCGGUCGAAUUUAUACUGUAUCACCUUCAGAAGGAGAAAAAUUCUAUUUGCGUAUUCUGUUAUCUAAUGUCAGAGGACCAAUCAGUUGGGAUGACUUGCUAAUAGUGAAUGGGGUCUAA